CUCGUCAGUAGUGCUUCAAAGUCGGUCUAAUCGGAACUAGCCUAACCAUGGGACUCCUCCAAAUCCUAGCAGUAACUGCGCUCUUCCUCGGAUCUUCACUCGCAGCCCGAGACGCACGAUGUCCUACGGUAGAAAACCCUUCCAAAGCGGUUCAUCUGCCUCACCCGUCGGACUGUGGCAAGUUCCUGACGUGUAGCUGGGGCAACACAGUCGUUCAAAACUGUCCCGCAGGUCUCCACUGGAACGAUCGGAACAAGUACUGUGAUUGGCCUGCAUCCGCUGGUUGUGAUUCAGCAAACAACAAGGAACCGAUUUGCAACGAAGGAGCUCUGCUGCCCCACGAGGAUUGUGAUAAGUUCUACAUUUGUGUGCAUGGUGACGUUAAAGUACCGUUCAAGUGCCCGCCCGGAUUGCACUUUAAUGCGGAGAAGAAAGUGUGUGACUAUCCGUGGAGCGCCAAUUGUCAAGCGCAGACAUCUACGGUCGCGUCGACGACAACUAGUGAAGCCUCAACGACGAGCAAUGUGACUGAGCCUGCAAUAACUUCCACGGAAUUAGUCAUUUCGACAACGGUCAGUUCUGUUAACACAACUGUUACCUCUGCUGAGCCAAGUAGUACGGAACAAUCCAGUGUGGCACCAGAAACAACCAGUCAGGAACCGGAAAGCAGCUCAGCUGUUCCAGAAGAAUCAAGCACCGAACCAACGACUACAGCACAAGCUGAAGAAACUACCAGUCAAGAGCCGGAAAGCAGCUCAGUUGUUCCAGAAGAGUCAAGCACUGAACCAACGACUACAGCACAAGCUGAAGAAACGACCAGCCAAGAACCGGAAAGCAGCUCAGCUGUUCCAGAAGAAUCUAGUACGGAACCAGCUACUACUUCUCCAGCUGAAGAAACUACCAGUCAAGAACAGGAAAGCAUCUCAAUUAAUCCAGAAGAAUCAAGCACCGAACAAACGACUACAGCACAAGCUAUAGAAACUACCAGUGAAGAACCGGAAAGCAGCUCAGUUGUUCCAGAAGAAUCCAGUACAGAUCCAGCGACUACGCCUCCAGCUGAAGAAACGACCAGUGAAGAACCGGAAAGCAGCUCAGUAGUACCAGAAGAGUCAAGUACGGAACCAGCGACUACGCCACCAGCUGAAGAAACGACCAGUGAAGAACCGGAAAGCAGCUCAGUAGUACCAGAAGAAUCUAGUACGGAACCAGCUACUACUUCUCCAGCUGAACAAAUUACCAGUCAAGAACCGGAAAGCAGCUCAAUUGAUCCAGAAGAAUCAAGCACCGAACAAACGACUACAGCACAAGCUAUAGAAACUACCAGUCAAGAACCGGGAAGCAGCUCAAUUGAUCCAGAAGAAUCAAGCACCGAUCAAACGACUACAGCACAAGCUAUAGAAAAUACCAGUGAAGAACCGGAAAGCAGCUCAGCUAUUCCAGAAGAGUCGAGCACUGACCCAACGACUACAUCACAAGCUGAAGAAACGACCAGUCAAGAACCGGAAAGCAGCUCAAUUGAUCCAGAAGAAUCAAGCACCGAACAAACGACUACAGCACAAGCUAUAGAAAAUACCAGUGAAGAACCGGAAAGCAGCUCAGCUAUUCCAGAAGAGUCGAGCACUGACCCAACGACUACAUCACAAGCUGAAGAAACGACCAGUCAAGAACCGGAAAGCAGCUCAGUUGUUCCAGAAGAAUCCAGUACAGAUCCAGCGACUACGCCUCCAGCUGAAGAAACGACCAGUGAAGAACCGGAAAGCAGCUCAGUAGUACCAGAAGAGUCAAGUACGGAACCAGCGACUACGCCACCAGCUGAAGAAACGACCAGUGAAGAACCGGAAAGCAGCUCAGUAGUACCAGAAGAAUCUAGUACGGAACCAGCUACUACUUCUCCAGCUGAACAAAUUACCAGUCAAGAACCGGAAAGCAGCUCAAUUGAUCCAGAAGAAUCAAGCACCGAACAAACGACUACAGCACAAGCUAUAGAAACUACCAGUGAAGAACCGGAAAGCAGCUCAGUUGUUCCAGAAGAAUCCAGUACAGAUCCAGCGACUACGCCUCCAGCUGAAGAAACGACCAGUGAAGAACCGGAAAGCAGCUCAGUAGUACCAGAAGAGUCAAGUACGGAACCAGCGACUACGCCACCAGCUGAAGAAACGACCAGUGAAGAACCGGAAAGCAGCUCAGUAGUACCAGAAGAAUCUAGUACGGAACCAGCUACUACUUCUCCAGCUGAACAAAUUACCAGUCAAGAACCGGAAAGCAGCUCAAUUGAUCCAGAAGAAUCAAGCACCGAACAAACGACUACAGCACAAGCUAUAGAAACUACCAGUCAAGAACCGGGAAGCAGCUCAAUUGAUCCAGAAGAAUCAAGCACCGAUCAAACGACUACAGCACAAGCUGAAGAAACUACCAGUCAAGAACCGGAAAGCAGCUCAGCUGUUCCAGAAGAAUCUAGUACAGAUCCAGCGACUACGCCUCCAGCUGAAGAAACGACCAGUGAAGAACCGGAAAGCAGCUCAGUAGUACCAGAAGAAUCUAGUACGGAACCAGCUACUACUUCUCCAGCUGAACAAACUACCAGUCAAGAACCGGAAAGCAGCUCAAUUGAUCCAGAAGAAUCAAGCACCGAACCAACGACUACAGCACAAGCUGAAGAAACGACCAGCCAAGAACCGGAAAGCAGCUCAGUUGUUCCAGAAGAAUCCAGUACAGAUCCAGCGACUACGCCUCCAGCUGAAGAAACGACCAGUGAAGAACCGGAAAGCAGCUCAGUAGUACCAGAAGAGUCAAGUACGGAACCAGCGACUACGCCACCAGCUGAAGAAACGACCAGUGAAGAACCGGAAAGCAGCUCAGUAGUACCAGAAGAAUCUAGUACGGAACCAGCUACUACUUCUCCAGCUGAACAAAUUACCAGUCAAGAACCGGAAAGCAGCUCAAUUGAUCCAGAAGAAUCAAGCACCGAACAAACGACUACAGCACAAGCUAUAGAAACUACCAGUCAAGAACCGGGAAGCAGCUCAAUUGAUCCAGAAGAAUCAAGCACCGAUCAAACGACUACAGCACAAGCUGAAGAAACUACCAGUCAAGAACCGGAAAGCAGCUCAGUUGUUCCAGAAGAAUCUAGUACGGAACCAGCUACUACUUCUCCAGCUGAAGAAACUACCAGUCAAGAACCGGGAAGCAGCUCAAUUGAUCCAGAAGAAUCAAGCACUGAACAAACGACUACAGCACAAGCUGAAGAAACUACCAGUCAAGAACCGGAAAGCAGCUCAGCUGUUCCAGAAGAAUCUAGUACAGAUCCAGCGACUACGCCUCCAGCUGAAGAAACGACCAGUGAAGAACCGGAAAGCAGCUCAGUAGUACCAGAAGAAUCUAGUACGGAACCAGCUACUACUUCUCCAGCUGAACAAACUACCAGUCAAGAACCGGAAAGCAGCUCAAUUGAUCCAGAAGAGUCAAGCACCGAACAAACGACUACAGCACAAGCUGAAGAAACGACCAGCCAAGAACCGGAAAGCAGCUCAGUUGUUCCAGAAGAAUCUAGUACGGAACCAGCUACUACUUCUCCAGCUGAAGAAACUACCAGUCAAGAACCGGGAAGCAGCUCAAUUCAUCCAGAAGAAUCAAGCACCGAUCAAACGACUACAGCACCAGCUGAAGAAACUACCAGUCAAGAACCGGAAAGCAGCUCAGUAGUACCAGAAGAGUCAAGUACGGAACCAGCGACUACGCCACCAGCUGAAGAAACGACCAGUGAAGAACCGGAAAGCAGCUCAGUAGUACCAGAAGAAUCUAGUACGGAACCAGCUACUACUUCUCCAGCUGAAGAAACUACCAGUCAAGAACCGGAAAGCAGCUCAGUUGUUCCAGAAGAAUCUAGUACGGAACCAGCUACUACUUCUCCAGCUGAAGAAACUACCAGUCAAGAACCGGAAAGCAGCUCAAUUGAUCCAGAAGAAUCAAGCACUGAACAAACGACUACAGCACAAGCUGAAGAAACUACCAGUCAAGAACCGGAAAGCAGCUCAGCUGUUCCAGAAGAAUCUAGUACAGAUCCAGCGACUACUCCUCCAGCUGAAGAAACGACCAGCCAAGAGCCGGAAGGCAGUUCUAUUGUACCAGAAGAGUCAAGUACGGAACCAGCGACUACAGCUUCACCUGAAGAAACUACCAGUCAAGAACCGGAAAGCAGCUCAGUAGUUCCAGAAGAAUCUAGUACAGAACCAGCUGAAGAAACGACCAACCAAGAACCGGAAGGCAACCCAGCGUCCUCUACCGAAUCAAGUAGUCAAGAGUCAGAAGAUUCGACAACUGGUCAAGUAGCUGAUUCUACGACCUCUUCCAGCGUCGCUCCGGAAACAUCCGAGAAUACUGAUCCUCAGGAAACGGAGUCUACGGAACCUUCAACUGAUGGCCCUUCCAGUGAAUCAUCGGAAGCUGGGACAACGACAACUGCGGCAUCUAUUGGAGGACCCACGCUAGGAAAUGGUAUAGGAAGCGGUGGCCUCGUUGAUUGGAGCUGGACAUAACUUGAAAUGAUGAUUGUUUGGCAAAUUAUUCAGAAAAAUAAACUUAUUUAAUCAGA